AUGUCCGUAAUGAAGGAGGACCAAGUUGUUCUACAAACCGUUAAACCAAAACGACUAGCAUGUUUGCAUUGCAGACACAAGAGGAAGAAAUGUAACAUGAAGUCCCCAUGCUCCAAUUGCCAGAGGGCAGGCAUGAAAUGCAUCUUCACACAUGAGGAUCUCAGGAGUAAACGCAAGUCAGUAUCCUACUUAACUACAUUAGAAGAACACAUAGCAACAUUAGAAAGUUCUAUCGUUAAGGCGCGGGAGGCACCCACCGAAGCUGAAAGAGUUGACGCAUUACGUCUUAUCUCAUUGUUCGAGGAUUCUAAAGAAAAUUCUGCUACAGGAAUGUCACCAUUGUCAUACGAGACCUCACGGGAUGUUACACCGUCCAAUUUAAUCUUAUCUCAAAACCAUGUUGCUGCUCCAAAGGUACACACAUUGGAGACGAAUAGCAUCUACCCCACAAAUUCGCUUUCCAUUAAGGCGCAAAGAAACCAUGCUACGAAUGAAGCACGCAUACAGGCACAGGCGACCAUCCGGAACCUGGCUCGAAGUCCGCCAAUACUCAGGUCACUCUCCAUAUUCUUCAAGUGGUUGUAUCCAGGCCACUACAUGUUCAUUCACAGAGAAACGUUUUUGAGUGCGUUCUUCGGCGACGAAUCCACGAAGGAUUACUACUGCUCUGAAGAACUUGUGUUCGCGAUUUCCGCACUUGGAGCUAAAGCAGCUAUGGUGACCGAUGAACUACACGAGAAGUCCGAAGUGUAUUACCAUCGCGCUAAACAGAUUGUACUGACAAAAGUGUUCCAAUUGGUCGAUAGGUCUUUGGCGGAAUCAACAUCCUCUUCAAAACUGGCUAUCAUCCAGACCCUGUUAUGUCUUGCGUUUUAUGACGUGGCCAGUGCGGAGAAUUCAAUGGCUUGGUACUUAUCGGGGCUUGCGUUCAGAAUUGCCCAUGAGAUCGGGUUACAUUUGAGUCCAGAGGCAUGGAAUCACGUCUACGAGGACGAACUAUCAAAGAUGGAUUUUGCCGUCAGGAGCAGAAUCUACUGGGGAUGCUACCUAGCGGACCACUUGAUAUCCGUAUUGUUUGGAAGAUCUACAUCGCUGCGUAUGUCCAAUUCCACCGUCCCUGAGACGUUUGAGUUGCCCGACAUUGAAACGGGUAUUGAGGAUUACAUUUUCAAUCCGGGAGUCCCAUUGUCUAUGGCGAACCCAUUGAAGAAACUAAUAGUUCUUUCAAGAGUCUCCGAGAUCUUCGCUACGAAGAUAUUCAUACAGACAGAGACGAUAGAGCGAAGAAGUGGACAUCUAAUCAAGUUCAACACGGAAAUGACUAACUGGAGACAAUCUUUACCAAAGGGAAUUAAAUGGAACAAAAAAACUUUGAAAGAGUUGGAUAAGUUUGACCCGACGACCAUGUACGUGUGGCUGCACUUCUACAUCGUUCUUAUAUCCUACAAUAAACCCUUCAUUUUUGAACUAGAUCAGAGCAAGAAUAUCAUUGAACUAUUCAUUGAGGAGUUGUUCUACGUGAUAUCUUUGUGGAGAAAUAAUUUCGGGGAUUUUCAAAGGUGUGGUUUGUACAUGAUUUAUUCCGGGAUCCUGGCCAUUCAGUGCAUGAACACAGGGGCGGUCAGCAAAGAUUACUACGAUUUCUUCAUCGACUUUCUCGAAUCAGACAGUGUCACGUAUGAAGUGGCCAAGAAUUUCAUAGAAAACAAUAGGAGCAAUGAUGACAGCAAGAGCAGCGCCGAUUUGACAGAUUUCAAUGACCUACUUGGUUUCUUAUCCCACGGUAAUGACUUUACACUGGAGUAUAACUUUGAUUUGACUUUACUGAACGAGAUUGAUAAUCUGGUAAAUGCAGACAAAAAGUCAGUAUCCUCAGACCCGUCCCCUGACCCAUCGUAG